AUUUAGUUCCUCAGUCAGCUAUUUCAUAGACACCACCUCCAUUUAUUAGAGCCCAGUAACGUUUCAUGAGAGGUCCUGUCUCCUGAUUGCCACGGGAGGGUGAAUUGCUACAUUAUUUUAGCCAGGGAAUGAGUCACACAGUAGAACUGCUUUGUUCCUGCGUGCAUUGGGUAGAGAUCAGCUUUGUUUUAUUGCUUUUUACUGCUUAUAAGGAGCUGCCGGUAUGAGAAACAAGCAAGCUUCACUAAUCAAAGUGAAUGUCCUUUACCCAGAGAUAGAACGUCUGUGCGGUGGUUCUGGAGCAAGUUCUAGUUAUUUAGCAAUCAGAUCUGGAGAAGCUGAGCGAGUUAAUAUGUGUAUCACUGCUACAAGCAGAAGAGAUGGCAGGGGUAACAAUAGCAAUGUGCCUGCCAAGAAUUCAAAUAGUCAGCGUGAGCAACAUCUUGGGGAUUGCAAGCAAGAAAGCAACAGAGGUAAGUGCCCUUAAUACCCACCUACAGUUUUGGAUGGGUUCUGACACACCAGUUGUUGCCCACUGUACUUCUAAGGGGAUCCUGGGUAAUAUUAGGCCCCCAACUCUUGGGAAUGCCAAAAGUAAGUCAUUACUGUUUUAGAGCAUCUGGGGUUUAUUGUUCUAAGGAAUAAUUCUGGGGCAAAAGUCUAAUAAUGCUCAUUCUCUCUAAAAGCUCUGUUGGUAUCCAUGGUGAUUGCUCCAGUUUUAGAACCCUGCUCUAGAAUUGCUUCUAACGUUCUAAUCUAGAACCAACCCCACUUUUCCAGCACUCUGCAAAAUGAUGGGGCUUCAAACACAUUUUUGUGGGAAAUGUUUAUGAGCUCUGUAUGUGAAAAUGUAUUGUUAAUGUAUACAGAACAUAAGUAUAGCAUUGUGUUCAUGACAAAUUAGUGCUGGGGUUUAUAUAGGAAGUAAGUUAUUCAAGGAUUUUACUGAGUCAUUUAUUGUUUUAUUUCUGGCUGGCCUUGUGUAAUCGGUGUUGUAAUUCACCGGAAUUGCAGUUGCAAUUUUCUGAUCCUUUAUAAAUGGCUUUAAUAAUUGUUAAAUUGUGAGGGUGAUACUUCCAUGCUCUACCUAUGGUGAUGGUUUAGGCUUGUGUUUUGCAUUAACUGGGGCCCUUUCACAAGGCUUUAAUUCUUUCUUUUUAUGACAAAAUGUUAGGCAAUUUCCUUUAUCAAUGAAGUUAUGAAAAGCCAUAGAUAAACAGUGGCCCCUGUGUGUGGUUUUGCUUUUUUUUUUUUUUUAAGUGAACGUGUCAUGGAGACUGUAUUCACAUUUAUGUAUAACCUUCUUGUUAGUGUAAAUAUCAAUAUGGACAUUUACCCAAAAUGUGUUUCCUCCACACACAGCAUGGCGCCUAUACUGGGUAGGGAUGCUGUCCUGUCGUCAAUGGGAGGCCGGCCUCAGAGCAGUGGCUAUGGUCCCCUUUAAGUCUUAACCGCCAAUAGCAUAGCAGUAAAGCCCAAGAAGGUAGAAAGUUAUGUAUAGUACAAUAACUUUUAACCUAUACAUUUGCUAGCAGUUUGGCCUGGUGAAAUUGUAUGUGCUCUUAGGUUAAACCUAAGCCAUGUUCGUGAUUUCAAUUCUACCAAGUCUGAAGAGAUCCAUUUUUUAUUUUUUUUAAUGGCCAAAAUCCUUAUGUAUCUGUUACUACGCCUGGUAGAUUGCUAGAAGCAUGCUAUUAAGAAGUGAUCCCAGUAGUAUAUAAAAUGUGCAAAAGGUAAACUGGUGAUUCAGAGGACUCCCCCACCCCCUUUGUUUGUCCCCUUCCGUACAGAGAUCAAGACUGUCUCCUAGAAGUCACAUCAACUCUUCAGAUUUUUGUCCUAUCCAAUAUUAUAGAAGAGCAUUGGUGACAGAAAGCUGUGUUCCUCCAGUCAUCUGCUGUCUAGUUGAAGCAUUUAAAGGAACACUUGAGCAAUGCAAAGCUGUGUCCCCUCUGGUCCUGCACCCCUCCCUCGUCAGAGCCACAAAAGGGGUUAAAAAAAAAAAGCCCUUUCUUUUACUUACCAGAUUCCAGCAUAUUGGCGCAGGAUCACACUACUCCAUUGCCAAUGUCCGCCAGCAGUCUUGGCACUAGAGGCAGUCUGGGUGCCUAUAGUGUCCCUUUAAGGAGGUUAGCUGUCAGAGCAGAGUUUGACUCUGUUUUUAUAGCAGAGCUGCCUGUAGUAGCUAUCAGGAAGACAUUCCCUAGAUGUUUGUUUAAACCUGCAAUGGGAAACAUUUUUGUAUCUACUAAAUGACAAUGUUUCACUUUGCAGAGUUAAAAUGACAGGGGCACUGCACCCAGACUAAAACAUUAAAAUGGAAUGUUCUGGGUGCUUAAAGUGUCCCUUUAAUCUAUGAAGAGCACUGGGGAUCUAAUGUGCAUACUAGCUUCCCCAUAGAUCAAUGCUUUCCUAUGGUGGCCGCAACAUGAUGUGACCGUUUUACUCGUCUUUGCGGUGGAAGCGCCUCUAGUGGCCACUUCUUAAAUGUAAACAUUGCUGUUUUUGAAAAACUGCAAUGCUUUACCUUGACUAGUUAAAGGGACAUGAUCAUCCCUUCUGUUCUUUAAAAUGGUCUGGGUGCAGUGUCUCAGUCCCCUUAAAUCUGCAAUUGUAAUAAUUGCACUUUUGGAUAAAGUGCAAUAAUUGCCUUGCAGGGUUAAAGGGACACUUCAGUGCCAGGAAAACAAACGUUUUCCUGGCACUGCAGGUACCCUCUCCCUCCCACCACCCAUCCCAUGUUGCUGAAGGGGUGAAAACCCCUUCAGUGCCUUACAUGAGACCCCCGCUGAUGGUUUCGGGUCCGCCCACGCUCCUCCCCCGCAUGCGCGGCCGCCGGCGGGGGAGACCUAAUGCGCAUGCACGGAAAUGCCACGUGCGUGCGCAUUAGACCUCUCCAUAGGAAAGCAUUGAAAAUUGCUAAUUCUACCUCCUAGUAGUUGUCUACCAAACAGCCACUAGAGGGACUACCUGGUGGUUAGGUGACUUUUGGUUCCCUAACUGACACUGGACAUCCUCACGCUAUGUAUGAGGACAUCCAGUGUCACCCAAUGCUUUCCAUUGGUGGAAGUCCUAAUGCGAGCAAGUGGGGACUGGGACACUAGGGAGGGGACCUAAUGCUCUCCACCUGCAUUCACCCACUGGUGAGUGGGGACAAUAAUGAUAUUCUAGGCGGAGGGCAUAUCUACUGUAAAAUGCCCUUUUAAUAUGUGGCAGUGCGGGCCAGGUUACCUAAUUAUUGACUAGGGCACUAUUGUCACGUAUACAUCCACUCCAAACGCUAGGCUAGGCACAACAAUAAUCACCUUUCCAGAAAUAGGAAAGGUGCUGCUCGGAUGUCCUAUGCCAUAAGGCCAGGGUUUUGCGACAUGCCGGUGGACACCUGCCACUGUGAAUCCACGCUGUUAUAUAGCCCCACGUCAGCCCCACGUCUGUCCAGUGAUAGUGACGUUGACGUGUGGGUAACGGCACACAGAGGACUCGCAGCCUUACUUUUUGGGGUCAAUGGCCGGAUACGGCCAAUCGGCUCCACUAUAGGGAUAUUUAAAUUUGCUCAUUUUUUCCACUCAUUGCUCUGUCGUGGUUUCCCUUUGCUGGUUAUCCGAGAGUGUGUUCCUGAUCGUGUUUCUUUGGCUUUGUUUUGACUUCCCUGAAUUCUGGUUUCCCUGACUAUUUGCUAUUCCCUGCAACUGUGUUCUUGACGUCCGCUAGUAUUUCAACUAUUGUCAGGUACGUUAAGUCUGAUUAUUCUAAGGUCCAGUGAGACGUUAGUCCUAGGUGUGAUACUAUUCUGCGUGCUGGAUCAACUAGUAUCCUGACAACUAUAGCGUUGGGAACAGAUAUUUGUAUUCCUAACACUGCAGUGCUCCUUUAAAUAACCCUACCACUCUAAUAAUAGUGAGGAGGGCCAAUAAAAAUUAUACCCGGAAAAAACUCUAUUUACCAUAAGAAACCUUUCUGCUAGCUGUUUUCUUUAUACCGCAAAAAUGACAAAAUAAAAUCCAUAAUCCCCGACACAACAAAUAAAAGGAAAAAAAAUGCAAAACCGCGACACAAUAAAAAUAAUCGAUCUUCGCCCUGCAUGGGCUCUGUAUAGACUGAGCUCUCUUAGUAGUUAACGCCCUUAUAAAGGCUUUCCAUGCUAUGUAAUAUCAGUAAUGCAUUUCUCCAUUCUUGCACUACACAAAAUGCCCCAGAAGUGCUUGCACAACCAAUAUCUCAUCUGUUCCAAAAGUUUUGGUAUUCUAGAAAUUUGAUCCCUAAAUCAAUGUAGUCUGACCUAAAAUGGCCUAAACCUGCAAGCCUUAAAUGGUUUUGAUGUGAGCUGACCACAUAGAAGCAGUUUUAUAGAUUUCCACAUAAGGUUUUAAACAUUUUAUUGCACAUUGACUUGCUUUAUUUAGAUUAACCUUUUCCGAAAGCAAUGGAAUUGUAGAAGCAUCUUCAUCUAACUGCAAAACAGUGGCUUAUGUAUGCAGGAUGGUAUUACAAUCAUGAAUUGUAGUUGGUAUUUGCUGCCACCGCCACUUAGACGCUAACAGUAACUUAGAUGAACUUUUUUAAGUAUUUUAUAUUUUGGUUGCUACAGUCUACACAGCAGUUGAAGUUGUAAAUGAAGAAGGAUUUAGGGAAUGAGUGUCCUGUCCUAAUCGACAAAGCACAUAUAAAACUUAGAAACCUCAGGCUUACACAUGUGGUGAGGUUAUUUCACAUAAAGGGAGAUUUAAAAAGUUCCAAUAUGUGUGGUUGCUGUUACCGUAUGAAAAUAACCCUGAUGCUGUAUAUUUGGUAAAUAGCUAUAGCCAUAGUUCCCUUUUAAAGGGGCAGUAUAGACACUAUAUAAGCAUGUAAUCUCCUCCUUGAAUUGCUUAUAGUGCCUUAAGACCUGUGGCACUGUUCCUCCAUUCAGUGUUAAAUCGUUUUCAAGCAGUUUAACACUAAAUACGUGUCACUGGUCACUGACAGCCCGGCUCCUCCUGGAGGUAUGGCUAAGGCAGAGAUUAAAUACUUCCUCUAAGCCAUACCGAUUCAUACCAGCAAUGGGUGCUGUGAUAGGCAGAAUGUGGUCAGCUGACACAUUCCGCUAAUAACAUCUACCCUUUGCUGCUCAUGCUAUUACUUCCUCGUUAGUCUAGGACUCUCGUUUAAUAUUGAAUGGAAGGAUGGCACUAGAGGAUUUAAGAAACUUUUACAACUUCUCUGAAGGGGCAGUGUUUACACUGCUGAGCCUGCAGGGACAGGCAAUAGAUAUCUGAACCACUACAUUGAGCUAUAUUGGUUCAGGUGAUUUAUAGUGUCCCUUUAAACUGUUUUUAUAAGAUUUGACAUUGAAUUUGGGCACCAGGGCAGUCCUAGCACCAAAAUCACUACAGAGUGCUGUGGUUAUAUGUUGCUUGUUGUGUCCUUUAAUACCACAGGCAUACUGUAUAAACAUGCCAAUGUGUGCGUUAUAGACAAAAAUAAAUACUCUGAAUAAAAGUCUUACAGCUGACUCGCUAUAUUAAAGAGACACUAAUCACCAGAGCACUGCAACUUAAUGCAAAGUGGCAGUAUUUGUAAAAACAAACCGUACCAUUUCUUAAAAGUAAUGUUUAGAUUGCAUUCUAUGACCAUAUCUGCAUGAAGACACAAAUUGUUCCCCAUAGGGAUUCAAUGACUCAGUGCAGCUUUGAGGAGAUAUGGUGGUCACUUCCUCCCAGCUCCCUCCGUGCGGGAGGGAAAAGAGCCAGGUCGCGGGAGCCACGCCGACUCCUAUCAGCCACAGCCACCCACCUGCAAAAAAAGUUAAGCAAAAUUAGCUGUUUGUGUGUGUGUGUGUGUGUGUAUUUAUGUCCUUAUGCUUGUUUGUGCAUAGGAAUUAUUUCAUAUUUUUUAUAGUCCGGCCCCCAACAAUGUCUGAGGGACCGUGAACUGGCCCCCUGUUUAAAGGAGGUUUGAGGACCCCUGGUCUAAAUAGUUGUGAAAACCUUCUGUUAGGAAUGCCUGUUUUUGGUUUUCAUAAUUUUCCUUGACAUAAAACUGGGCUGUUGUGUCCUUGGGGGGGAUUGUGGAUGAAUCCGUUUUGAAAAUGCUGAUAAGUGUAUUACAUUUUAUUGCACAAUUCUGUUACAUUUGUAACCUCCUCUGGAAUAAUUACUUGCUGGUUACUUCUAGCUCUGCACAAGCUUUUUUUAUGGCUUUCGGGAGUAAACAAACCAAAUUGAACUGUCAGCAGAAAUCAUGAAUAUAGCUUUUAUCUGAUGUAGGAGUUGUUUUGGGGCAGUCUGAGUUGCAUAAACCCUGCAGCCUGGUUUAAUGGUUACGGUGUGAGUUGCUACCAACACUUCUUUCUGCUUCUGUGUCAAACUGUUCUGAGCAGUUAAACUGGAGGUCUCGCAGCUCAAGACGCUAAAUAUUUCCGACUCGCUUUAUUUUGUAGCAAAGCUCUUGGGUUGAAUAAUAUUCCAUUUGAAUUUACUUUGCAUUUCCAACCGUUCAUAUCUCAUAGUUCUGCGUAUCACCCUUAUAGUGUGGAAAGAGUGCAGUUUCCAAAAGGGUAUUGUAUUUGGGGUGCUAAGACCUAAACCGCAAACUUUUCAAUGUUUAAAAUGUAAUCCUCCUCCUUUCUCCUUCAUUCUUUUCAUGUGGGUUUUAUAUUUUUUUUGAUCCUUGAGUGUGACUUUCUUCGUGUUCACCUUUCUCGGCAGGCCCUUCUGGCAUGCACCAGUACAUUUAUUGGAACGUUACGGGAGGUUUCCUCCCAAUAUAAAAAUAAGAGUUGGUUCCCAUUCCUCUCAGCAAUUUUCUCAGCAUAGCCAGAUAUCCAGACGCCAUGGGUGGGUACUUGCCCAAUACUCUAGUUCCCAUUAUGUCGCUGCAAUCUCCCCUCUAGUCUGUGCACUAUUUAGUUGUGUUCCACUUUCCACACUUUAUACAGUAGAAAAAAAGUGUUUGGGAGAACUAUCGAUCACUCAUUUCUAGUGAUUGGCUGAUGGCUGUGUAAUACGAGUGAAGAAGUUUCUUAACAGUACACCGUGGCACCAGAUUGCUGGGUAGCUCCUGGUAGACCAUAAAAGCAUAGUGCAAGUUCAGCACUGGAUCCGGAGUCGGGAAGCGGGCAUUCGGAUGGUGUUAUAAUGUUGGUUGAAAACUAUAUUUUAAGUUAUAAUGUGCUACAUUUUUUUUGUUGUUGUGAUUUUGCAUAGGACAAGAAUACUUAAUAUAUGAGAUAUUGGCAAUACAUUAAAAUCAUAACCAUAUAGUCCACAGCAUCUAACGUGCUAGAUUAGCCAUCUCUGAGAUUAGCCUUUUAAAACCUGAUAGUUCAUUCAGUACACUAAUUAGCUGUGAGUACACAUUCAUUGUAUCCUUUUAUGUACAUCAGGAUGCAGCCACCUGCACCUCCAUGCCACCCACUCAAACCUCACGUAUGUCCAUGUUGUCGGUCCUGUGCAUGCUUUGGCGUGUGUUUAUUUAAUCAUGGGUUUUAACUACAGAGCUAAACAACUGAAAUGCAGAAGUUAGUUGCAACAAUUCAGCAAAUUCUUUGAAUGACACAAUUUCGCACAGCAGGAAACGUUUUGGCCUCAGUGGGGGGAGCUUGCUUGUAACUCCAUAGUGGAAAUUUCCACUAGCUUGCUAUAGGCUUAACAUUGAGUGUGAUUUCAACUGCUCUUUACUGGCCUUAUAUUCUGACUGACUGAGCCUGAUAGGAGUUAUCCAACAAUAUUAUUAUUUAUUUAUAUAGCGCCAACAAACUCUGCAGCGCUGUAAUCUUACAGAACAUGUGGAGUUCUUUGAUCUGUGUGUCCUACUGGUCCCACUAGCCGGGGUAGUCCACUGCAGUCCGAUUAAUGCCAGUAACUAUCACCUCUUGCUAUUUUGUCCUAUUUCCCGCAGUAACUGUGCCCUGUGUGAACCUGCAAAGAUUUUACAGAAGUCUUUCACGUUCCCACAAUACUCUUGGCUUUGGAAGAAGACUAGGUGAUAAGUUGUGAAAUAUUGGAGGUGCUGUGAGGGUAAUGUAGAGGUACAGCAAAGUCAGGAAAACGUUAAAUCGUUGCAGUAUUGUAUAUCCUUAUAAAAGAAUAUAAUUUGGCAAGCUGAGUGGUUGUACUAGGAGGGAAGCGGACUCCUAGUAGAGUGCGAGGGACAGUUUGUUCCCCUGGCUCGCUUAGCUUGGCUGCCAGUCAGUGGUUCUUUGCCACUUGUACUAGAGGCAUAUAGCAUUCUCAUGAGGCUACAUCCAAAAAUAAUUGCUGUACAGGCUUAUUUUAUUAAUUUAUUUUACAAACUGUGGUUUUCGUGUACUAAAUUAUAUAGAUGCUAUUCAUUUUUUAUUAAUUUCUAAAUUUAAUACAAUACUCUAGAUAAUAUGCACUCGUGUCAUUUACAUGGGUUUUUAAAUGUGAUUAAAUGAUUGUGGAUUUCCUGCUAGAGUAAUUGGUCUAUUUUAAAACCAUUACCCAUGUGUGCAUUGCUAAAUUACUGCUUAGUAUUCAACUGUUUGCCAGAUGAUUUGAGGCUUAUGUUUUCGAAUAUUCUUUAAACAAGAAUGGCAAAGGGUGGCUUCGAAACGCUAGAUCACAAUCCCCAAAACUAUCUGGGGGGAGAGACACUCUAAUUUUAUGUGUCUGGGGUGUGGCCAGGGCAGGGACCCCCUUCUGAGACAUUUUAAGUGACUUACUAAUAAUUUAUUCAACUAAAAUGUAAUUUACAACAAGAAUAUUGUAUUUUAUUUAAAGAUUGAUACCUAAACACAUGUAUUGUAGUUUAGACUCAUUGCUGUUUUAUUGCUAUGAAGUUCUAUCUCACCAAUAAUAUGCAGAGCCCAUGAAAGAGGGACAGAGUGAUUUGGGACAAAAUAGGGAGCUUUCUGUUCUGAAGCAUUUAAUGUUUUUCAGAUUUGUUUAAAGGGACACUAUAGUCACCUGAACAACUUUAGCUUAAUGAAGCAGUUUUGGUGUAUAGAACAUGCCCCUGCAGCCUCACUGCUCAAUCCUCUGCCAUUUAGGAGUUAAAUCCCUUUGUUUAUGAACCCUAGUCACACCUCCCUGCAUGUGACUUGCACAGCCUUCCAUAAACACUUCCUGUAAAGAGAGCCCUAUUUAGGCUUUCUCUAUCGCAACUUCUGUUUAAUUAAGAUUUUUUUUUUUUUAUCCCCUGCUAUGUUAAUAGCUUGCUAGAACCUGCAAAAGCCUCCUGUAUGUGAUUAAAGUUCAAUUUAUAGAUUGAGAUACAAUUAUUUAAGGUAAAUUACAUCUGUUUGAAAGUGAAACCAAUUUUUUUUUCAUGCAGGCUUUGUCAAUCAUAGCCAGGGGAGCUGUGGCUAGGGCUGCAUAAACAGAAACAAAGUGAUUUAACGCCUAAAUGAGAGUGAAUUGAGCAGUGAAAUUAUCUAUACACUAAAACUGCUUCAUUUAGCUAAAGUAAUUUAGGUGACUAUAGUGUUCCUUUAAAAGUUCUAUCAGAACUAAUAUUGUCAUUUACCAUUAGAAAUACUUUCAUCCUUUAAUGUCAUUAUUGCAAGGUGAACUAUCUCCUGUUUAAGAGGUGAAUCACUCAUAUUUGGAGAAUAUCUCCAAUACAUAGAUUUGCAGAAUGAAAAUGGAAUUAAGGUCAUUUCCGGAACUUUAUUUUCUAAAAUAUUUUCCUGUAAAAAAAGUGCAUGACACAAGUUCAAUUAACUUGGAUUAAUGGAAUCCAUUUACCAAAAGGUAAAUAUUGUAUGAAUAUACAGCCUCAUAAUACAUGACUAAUCCAUAUUUCAUGCUGAAUAGUGUUUAACUACCUUUGGACUACAAUGCAUAUUAAAUAGAAAACAAACUUUAAUUAUAUAGUUUUGUUUUGUGUGUGUGUUUUUUGUUUUUUGUUGUUUGUUUUUUUCCUCCAGAAGGAUUUUAUUAACCCCUUCACAUCGGCACUUGUGUUUCCUAAAACACCAUAAAACCUGUACAUGUGGGGGACAUCAUCUAUUAUUGCAAUUAAAUCUCACCGUAUCAUGAUAUUCACAGUAGAAAUGUUGUGCAGAUCCUGGAAAAUAAUAUCUAACUGCUGUGCAAGUCACGUGCAGGGAGGAGUAGCUAGUGCUGCAUAAACAAAGUAAUGCAACUCUAAGUGUCAAGAGAAUUGAGCAGCGAGUCUGCAGGGGCUUGAUCUAUACACCAAAACUGCUUCAUUAAAGGGACACUAUAGUCAGCAGAACAACUUUAUCUUGCUGAAGCAGUUUUGGUGUAUAGAACAUGCCCCUGUAGUCUCACUUCUCAAUUCCCUGCAAUUUAGGAGUUAAAUCACUUUGUUUAUAGAACCCUAGUCACAUCUCCCUGCAUGUGACUUUCAAAGCCUUCCUAAACACUUCCUUUAUUUUAAAUCCUGUUUAACUUUCUCAUCUCCUGCUCUGUUAAUAGCUUGCUAGACCCAGCAGGAGCCUCUUGUAUGUAAUUAAAGUUCAAUUUACAAAGCAGGAGAUAAAAACUUUUAAAGUUAGUUGCAUGGGAUGGAAAAUUAAACUAUUUUGUUUUCAUGCAGGCUAUUUCAAUCACAGCCAGGGGAGGUGUGGCUAGGGCUGCAUAAACGGAAACAAAAGUGAUUUAAUUCCUAAAUGGCAGAGAAUUGAGUAAUAAAACUACAGAGAUUUCUCACCCCCCCCUCCCCUCUCCGUCGUGUUGUUUUGGUGACUAUAGUGUCCCUUUAAGCUAAAGUUAAUUUGGAUAGUGCCUCUUUAAAAAAAUAUCAAUUUGGAUAUUUUGACCUAUACUUUGAAUUCCUGACAAUUCACACUGUAGUUAGUAACACUAACUAGUGGAUGCUCUUUUAGUGAUCCCAAGUAGUCUAUCGGGAUGAAUUGAAUAUAGAAGGGACCCAGUCAUUUAUACAGCAAUUUAGCAAUGUUGAGCAGUUUUCUAGAAUUUUAUCCUACAAACAUUUACUGCAUGAAAUCUAGUAUCUUAAUGUCUUACCAAUUCCAUUACUUUCUUUAUGUUGUGUUGGGAUCUAAUUAACGGUUUAAUACAUUGUCCCAUGAUUCACAUGACAGAUUGUAUCAUUUUGUUUUGAAUAUUUCCAAACAUGACUCCUAGUGUACAGUGAAUUACUGUUUCACAAUCUCAUCCCCUCCCCCUCACCAUAACAUUCUUUUUGCUGAACUGAAAACAAUGUUUUUGGAAGUUGCGCUCUCCAGCGAUUGUGGUAAAGCUUGUUUACAAAGCUCGUAAGCGGUUCUCUUGUAAAAAUAUAAUAAACAUGAUAUUCAGCAGUACUUUUUGUAAUUUCGCUAUGGUUAUGUAAUAGUGUCAUUUAUGAGGCCUUAUUUCAGAUCUAAACUUGAAACCGAAAAUCACUGGCACUCCGUAACGGACUUGGGGGCUUAUUCACUAAAAUGUAGUGACUUUAAAAAAAAAAAAAAAAAUUGCAAAAUCUAGCCUAAAAAAGCCAAGCUGUGAUUAGUUGAGCUGAAUAACUUUUUCCCCAAAUUUGGCUAUAGUAACUUUGCUUUAAAUCUUAUAGAUUAGGGGUGGGUACUGGGAAACCGAUGUAAUUUACCUUAAAUAAUUGUAUCUCAAUCUCUAAAUUGAACCGGGAAGAUCUCCAUGGGGAUUGAUUAAAAUCGUUUUGGUUUUUUAUGCUUUUUAUAUUUUUUUUUUUGUUUAAAAAUGCAUUUAAUUUAAGCUGGUAAUACCCUCUCCAUUUGGAUAUAUAUUUUGUGGCUCCUUCUGGGGGAAAGGGGUGCCAUGUACAUUUAACACAAUACCUCAUACACUUGGCCUCUUCACAAGGUAUAUAGUGCCAUAUGGUUUUCUAUUCUCUCAAGGAUAAUACACCAGAUCUUUCUGCAUUCCUCUGUGUUUUCCAGAACCUAGGUAAAGAAUUGCUGUUUAGAUGGUGUGCCACCUCAAAGGCACAAAAGCAGAAAAGAUUUGAGCCAUCAUAUUAGGCUUGUAUAAAUGUGAGUGGUUCUAACUCACACUAUACAUAUUGCAAUAAAGGUGUACUGUAUUACACUAUGUAUUUUAUUUAUUGAUUUAUUUUUUGUUUAUAUACACUGGCACAAGAUUACUGAAACCCUUCGUGGGUUUUAGGGAUAUUUGGGGUAAGUAAAUAAAAGUGCCACACUAAAUACGUUUGAAAUUGGUACAAUGUUUAGUGAAUAAACCCCAUACAACAGUGCAUCACAAGCCAACAUAUGUGAACUAAACUUUUUUUUUUUGUAGGAAUGUGUGAAAGGAAAGGUGAACAUUUACGGAUGUUGGUGCAUCAUUGAAGAGUUAGGAAUUGAUUGGCUGGUUCCAUAUGCCGAGCAUCUGUCAAAUCUUUAUCUUUCAUGUAACACUAUCAUCACCUUGGGCAAAACUCCCAGACACUCCAGGCUGCCGUGAUGCACAUAUGCGGCUUUCUGUGCAUUGCGGGAAAUGCAGUCUUCAAUAUUUUAAGGCAAUGUUUAUCACCCUGGCUCCAUGACCUCUCUCUCAACUGUUUUAUGUUGAUUUCUACACCCGGUUGUGCAAUCUUUAACUUCCAUUCUUCCCCUACUUGUAUCAUUCUCUCACUGGUCAAUCAUUCUGAUGGAUUUUAGUUUAGUUCAUAACUCAUGGAUUGCAAGAGCGUGUUCUGUUGCGUCUGGUUUUUGUAGUUGUGUGUUUUUUUUUUGUAUUUCAAUUGCACUGAACUAUUUUGUUUAGUCUUGAUUGUAGGAGUCCUUCCUUUCUUGUUAUUUCCGUUUGCAUUUGGCUUGAUGCUGUCACUUGGAUAACCUACCAAACUGGUUUAAAUAAAGAACUGAAAAAGAAAUACAUCACUAUUUAAAAAGGUCUAGGUGUUGAGGAGUAGGGAGCCAAUCGGAUCAUUUAGCUGGGCAACCUCCCUCAAACAAUCCUCUGUCUAUUAUAGUGUUCUUCUAGUAAUCAAUGGAUCUAAGUUUCAGUUUUCCAAAAUUAGCUCACUGGCAUUUACAUUUCACACAUUUAAUGUAGAAGGAGAUUGAAAAUCAGAUCUUGACAGUGGUUCUAUUUAAUAACCCUGAGAAUUGGGUGUCUGGCAAUAUACUCUUCUCAAUGCUGCAACCUAACAUUAGCAGGAUUAUUCACUAAAAUUAGAAUUCAAAAUUAAUUUCAAAGGACACUAUACUAACCAGAACAACUACAGUUUAAUGUAGCCGUUCUGGUGUCUACAGCAUGUCUCUGCAGGAUUUUCAAUGUAAACGCUGCCUUUUCAGGAAAAAAGGCAGCGUUUACAUUCGUGCCUAGUAACCGCGUCUCCUAGUAACGGCGCUCAGCGUUUUCACCCUCUACAUGGGAGCGCAGAAACUUCCCCAUAGAGUUGCAUUGAUUUAAAUGCAUACCUCUGAAGAGAUGCUAAUUGACCCAGCACAGUGUUUUGCUGCGCAUGCAUAAUAGCCUCCAAUGUUUUCCUAUGGGAAAAACAUUGGAUUGGCUGAGAUCACCAAAACUGAUAUCAGGCAUGGAAGCCGAGCCAGGUGGAGCCAUCCAUGGCAAGACCGUCGCGGCACGGAGAAAGGGGUGAGUAAAAAUCAUCUUUACAAAGCGAUGCAAGGGCAGCUGGGGACUUAAAUAGUUAAAUACCAGUGUCAGGAAUACAUGUUUGUAUUCAUUACACUAUAGAGUUCCUUUAAACUUAAAACAGACAAAUUAAAAACAUUCUCUAAGUUAGUUAUGCUUUCCCUUUGGCUGUCUGGUCUUAAAUUUGAAAUUCACUUUGAUUUCUCACUUUUUAGUAAUGUACGUGUGUGUGUGUUCAAUAAAUUGCAGCAUUUCAUGCUGGUGUACAGUAUGUGCCUUUAUAACCGUAGUAGUCCUUAGUAUAACCUUGUGCAGUGCUAUGGAAGAUAACAACACUAUAUAUCAAUGCCAUUUUGGUAAUUCCAUGGCAGCUGGCUAUGAGCUGAGUCACUAACCAUCCCCCGACUGUAUUUGGGUAGCUGUCACAAAGCCUAGUGCUUUACGUAGCCAGUUACAGUACAGGAUCUAUUCUCAUUACAGCUGGUUAUUUGGCUAAUGCAGAUAAACCAGCCCAGCCUAGUCAGAUCCAGUGUGUGUUUACCAUGUCCGCCUACUCCUGCUCCCUGCUGUACUGCCUCUUUGGCUGCACAGAGUGACUACAAAGAACAGUAAAAUUGCUUAUAUGGAUUGCUGCAUACAGUGACUAAGCCACAACAGGCUUAUAUGGCUGCUGCAAGUAAGAAAUAAUGUUUUUUUUUUUUGUGUAGGCAUCAUUGGCUUGGGAUUGGAGCUGACGUAUAAAUGGCUGGGUAUGAUAGGAUUUGUACUGCCAGAUGGUGACCGUCUUUCGUUUGACAUUUUUAUCAUUAUUUUUAAGCUUUUAAUUUACUGGAUUUCUUUGUGUGUUUUAUUGCACUGGUGAAGAACGAUACUAAGAUACUUUUAUUAACUAACUGCAGCUUUAAGGGGCAAGAUCACAAAGGUAUCUUUUUCAGGCCGGGUAUACCGAUUUUAUAAAAGUACAAUUUGAUUGUGUGUAUAUUUAGAUCCACAAUAAAAGUAGAACAGAUAAAUUGUGAGAAGCGUUUUUAAAGCAUUUUAUUUAAUUUAAAGGGACGCUAUAGUCACCUGAACAACUUUAGCUUAAUGAAGCAGUUUUGGUGUAUAGAACAUGCCCCUGCAGCCUCACUGCUCAAUCCUCUGCCAUUUAGGAGUUAAAUCCCUUUGUUUAUGAACCCUAGUCACACCUCCCUGCAUGUGACUUGCACAGCCUUCCAUAAACACUUCCUGUAAAGAGAGCCCUAUUUAGGCUUUCUUUAUCGCAAGUUCUGUUUAAUUAAGAUUUUUUUUUUUUAUCCCCUGCUAUGUUAAUAGCUUGCUAGACCCUGCAAGUUAAAUUUAGAGAUUGAGAUACAAUUAUUUAAGGUAAAUUACAUCUGUUUGAAAGUGAAACCAGUUUUUUUCUUUCAUGCAGGCUCUGUCAAUCAUAGCCAGGGGAGGUGUGGCUAGGGCUGCAUAAACAGAAACAAAGUGAUUUAACUCCUAAAUGACGGUGAAUUGAGCAGUGAAAUUGCACUAAAACUGCUUUAUUUAGCUAAAGUAAUUUAGGCGACUAUCGUGUUCCUUUAAAAAAAAUAGUAAAUCGUUCUUCACUAAGCCACAGGAAUUGCCUGAAAUUCACUCGGGAAUUUAAACCAAAACAGAUGAAUUUGAAAAACUCUCCCAGUCCGCUAACUUUAUUACCCAACUCAUCAGUAUAUUCCUCUUUCUAAAGUUGAUCUGCUGAGAGGCAAACUCGCCAGAAUAUAAACUGUUUUACAGUUGACGAAUAAAAAUCCCAUCAAUUUCAAAGUAUGCGAAAACUCCCAACAGUUGCAUGCCUGUUUGGUGUGUGGCGGCCUGGGAGAGUGAGGUUACUACGAUAUUUAUUUACCUGGAACUCUACUUUGUGGGUGCUACCAUGUUUCUCCAUUCCCCUUUUCAGCUCCUAGCGAUUCAUCUACCAGGAGCCUUGUUGCUAUUGUGUACACACACGGGCUAAAGUACAUAACAGACGUCUAUGGAAAUUUUCACUUCGAACUGCUUGCAGGUAUGCAAGACGUUGCUUUUUGUCACAGCAGUUGCUUGCAAUUGUUCUUGUGAAUUGACAAAAGCUGUCAAAUUUUGUCACAUUUCAAGUGACCAUAGUUUUUCAAUAGUUCCCAUUCUGUCUUCUCUUAUUGAUCAUUUUGGAUUUUCAAUGAAAUGUUGAAAGAUAAUUGAGCAAUUUUAACCAAGGAGGUGUGUGGUGUGUGUGUGUUUUUUUUUAAUUUUUUUAGUGCAAUUUUUUUUUUUUUAAUGUCAAAACCAGUGUGUUCAGUAAUUCUAUGAUUACUUUUAAGGCACCACCAUUGUCUGCAGUGCUGUACCAACAUAGAUGCAACACACUAGUCUAGAUACUUGAGUUCACUGGAGAAGAAAGAACAAUACACUCCUAAAACUAGCGUAACCAAUAAAAGCAGUGUAUAAACAAGCAUGUGCACUUGGGCCCCCUCUAGCCUCUACACAAAAAUCCAUAUAUGGUUUCCAUCCAUGACUGAGCACUGAUAGAACUUUCUUCUUGCUAAUGUGAAUCAUUCCUCCUGCUUUAUAAAUAUGUGAGGUCAGUUUAAAUGAAUGAAACUCAUCCCAGAAUGCAGCUCUCCCUCUUGUGUUACCAGAUUCUGUGUGUGUCUGUUAAACAUCGCCACUGCAUUUCAUUCUAUAAAGAGUACAAAGGUUUAAGGUUCUUUUCUAUGGAAUGGAAAGCAGUGGUGGGGGCUUUAGGGGCCAAGUAUCCACAUAUCUAUUCAGUGAUAAAGGGAAUGGAGGAAAUCCUUAGUACAGUUUAUUAUUAUUAGUAGUGGCACACCUCUGUGAUAUUGUUGUGUGUAGUUUGAGCUGUGCAUUUACAUAUGCUAACCCCCUUUUUUUUUUCUUUUCUUUUUUUCUCCUCUCCCAUCAGGUAAAUUAACGCUUCCACUUCCGUUAUUUCUCCUGGAAAAGAAAGAACGUCCAUUCAAGGUAAGUGGUUUUUAAAUGUCAAGAGACAUAUAUCGUACUUAAACAGUUACUUUAAGCCUUUGUGGGGUGGACCAUUCCGGUGUAAUGUGCCAUAUUGAGCACAAUGGAUAAGGCCCCUGUUUCCCCCUCCACUUGCAGUAAAAGCUGUAAAAAAAAAAAAAAGAUUUUACUCACCACAAAAAGCUUUGUGCCAACAGGACCCAGUUAAGAGGGAAACAAUCUGCAAAACAGCAGGCUGUAUUGGUUACAAUGAUUGUACAAACACUUUAAUAUUUAAAGUGAUAAGUGAACCUUUAGGAUUUUUAAGAGUUGUUUACUUUUGUUAAACGGAACUUGUCAAAUAUCACAUACCGCCCCAAUUACCCUGAAAUUGGGCCUUGCUUCUCCUUUCGUAUCCACAAUUUCUCAUAAACACAAUGUGAGCAUGUUAUUCUGCAUGUUUGCAUAAUACAAAACAAACUCUGGGCUUUUCUGCCCAUAUAGAGCACUUAUUUUAGGCACAUUGACAACACAGAGAGGCUUGUCCCUUUUUGACAGGACAUCCUUCACUGUGCAAUGCCCCUGCCAACCAUGGCUUCUUACCACCAUAUGUUAUAUCUUCCAGGGUUGUGAGUUAUCCUGUAAGCUGCCUGCUAUGGUCCAUAUUGGCGCUUUCUAUCAGUGUAAGGUGAAGUGAAAUAGGAAUGCCUUAGGCUGUCUCCCCUGAUGGGUUGGGGUCUAGAGUCUCCUUCGUCCUACAUUGCGCCAGGGAUAGGCUUAGGUCUCAAAGAAUAGGACUUUAAAAUCCAAAGUGGUAUUCAACAUUUAUUAUACACAAAUAAAAACAAUUAAAAUAAGAAUAUAUAUAUAUAUAUAUAUAUAUAUAUAUAUAUAUUUUAGUCCAAAGCGUUUCUUCCACCUUCAUGCCUGACAAUGUGCUAGGAAUGUCCCAAUAUGUUAGGAUUUUCAUAACACCUUGUUUUGAUAACAAUUGAAUGGAUAUAUGAUAUAUAAAUUUAUAUAGUUUUUUUUUUUUUUACUUUUCUAAUGCACUGUUGGGAACUAUUAGCUCAACCCCUUUGUAUGUGAAAAGCUCUGCAAAAGGUAAAAAAACAGCGCCAAGCAAGGUUCUUACACUCCCCAUCCCAAUGUUAAUCCUCACAAAAGGAUCUCUUCUUUGGCCAUUUUGACGUUUUAUUUUCAAGAGAUGUGACUGGUGGUGUGACAACCGGUAGUAGCUGUUUAACAUUUUAGUUAACUUUAUGAUCUUCUGAUAGCUAUUUACGUAAGUGAUUUGGAACAAGACUAACGUAUUUUAUUUACACAAGCUAAUGUCUAAACAGGUUUGCUAUAGUUUAAAAAAAACAUUAGUGUUUUUUAUUACUCUGUUACUCCUAUACACCAAUUGUUUUGAGCUCAUAGGAAAGUGAAACUAGAGAGCUAGAGGGGGAUUUUGCUUACAAAGGGGGGUUUAUUGACCAAUCUGCUGACCUAGGGAGCUCCAUUGUACCUCCCAUAAAAGCGGAGUAUGAUGAGCUUGUUCACUAAAGACAGAAUUGAAAACCACCAACAUUUAGGUCAAUAGAACCAAUUUAUAAAUGUAUCACAGCGUGGCUUUUAGUCCAAAUUUUGCUAUUCCGAGUUUUUAGGUUAAAAUAGUGGCUUCUACAUUUUUCAAGCUUCACUAUUAUACAGAAGGCUUGCACUUUAGUUGUCUAAUCACCACAGGAAUAGCCCUGUUAAUGACACAGUACAACAUGCUUUCUCGGAUAAUAUAUCAUUUAGGGCUAACUCAUUAAAGUGAAAAUAUAAGGAAUAUGUGGGUUCCUGUUAAUUGAAUAUAGAAUUCUUACCUUUACAAUUUUUCUUCUACUAUUAUCUAAUUUUUCCCCUAUUAUUUAGAAAAUGGCUACAUUUUGUUUCAUAAAAUAUCCUACAUUUUAAUUUGACCUGGUUUUUCUUUCUUUUUCCUCUUUUUUUAUAGAGACAUGCUUCAGAUCUUGUCUUGAAAUCAGAGUCUGGUGAGUAUGGUGACAAAAAUAAAUUGUAAAAUCUAUAUUAAAGAGUUUGGUUUUUUUUUGUUUGUUUUAUGAUGUAAAAAUUAAAAAAAUAUGUUUAUGUAAACAUAUGUAAGAAGUAUAUCAGCUGCUUUUGUCUUAAGGUUAUCUGUCAAACCAUGACCAUUGAGCUGCAGCAAUCACUGAUAUUUGCACUGCUUUUGUGUUUAUUCCUGAAAUCUAUGUACAUAUACUAUAGUGUCAGGAACCCAAACAUGUAUUCCUCAUCUUAUAGUGUUAAAAACACCAUCCAGCCCCCCUUGCCUCUCUAAAUAUAGUAAAAAUCUUACUUUAACUGCAGUCUGCUGCUGUUGGAUCUGCCUGCUUGACUGACAUCAUCAGUAGUAUUAUUCAAAGGCAAUCACAAUGCUUUCUCAUAGGAUUGGCUAUGAGGCAGAUCAGGGGCAGAGCCAACCCAAGCGAAACACAGCCCUUCCCAAUCAGCGUCUCCUCAUAGAGCUGUAUUGAAUCAAUGCAUCUCUAUGAUAAAAGUUCAGUAUCUGCAUGCAGAGGGUUAAGACAUUGAAGAGGUUGGAGACACUGAAUGGCAGUGAUUGUGCAGCACUGCCCCACGAAGAACCUCUACAGACUAGGGAUACCUCCAAUGGCCACUCCUCGGAUGGCUGCUAAUGUAAGCACUGCCAUUUCUUUGAAAUUACAGUGUUUACAGCAAAAAGCCUGCAGGUAAUGAUUAUAAAUUCUGUUCUGGUGACUAUAGUGUCCCUUUUAGUCUUGACCCGUAUAGAUGAAGGAUGAGCCUGGUCAGCCUGUGUAUGAAAAAAUACAACAAAAGGUGCAAACUAUUCUAUUUUAACUUGCUUUUAAAUACCCUUAUGCUCAAGCAUAUAACUAACCCUCAAAGUGCUUCAGUUUUGUUUGUGAAAAGUUUUUCUAUUUGUAAAAUGUAACAAAAACUGCAGAUGUCAAAAUUAAAUUGGCAUUUUUAUAAACUAACCUUGUUGAACCUCCUUGCCCCCCUUCACUGUCAAUCAGACAACUAUCCUGUUACUUCCUCAGUAGAGCUAAACUCAAGGCAGGCAAUUGCACAGUGGACCUGCCUUGCCAAGAUUUGACAAUCUCAGAAAGUUGGGGUUAGAAGGGGAGGGCUUGCAAAGGUAGCACACAAGAGGACCACAGCUUUUGCAAUCUUUUUUUUAGGCCCACAGUGAAAACCUUAUAUAAUUAAAUGAAUGUAUAUUUUCACUGGGGGAGUGUAUGUACGAAACAUUUAUUUAUUUUUGUCAGUGGAUUGUCCCUUUAUUUUUCCUAAUAUGCACGUAGUGAAAACAGUAGGAAUUUAAACACAAAUUCUAGUGCAUUUUGUGUAAUACAGGAGAAAAUAACCUAAUACUAAUUUUAAACAUAUUUUUUCUUCUCUGCACAUACACAAUACUGAUUUGUAAAAUGAUUUAAAAAAUAAAGUCCAACAUUUGCGAUCGUAACAGCUUGGCAAUUUUUGCUUGUUUAUUUUUUGGAUUCAUUAUAAUUUUGUGCUUCGUGAAUUAACACGUCUUCAUAAUAGUUUUGAGUUUAAGCUAAAUCCUGUGAGCGUUCAUCUACAAGUCCCCACUAAGUGUGGAUGCUUGGUUCACUGUUAUGAUAUUGGGCAAAAAUGAUCAGGUCUGCCGUGCCUGAAAUGAGUGAGCUCCAAAUGGUAUUGUCAUUUGAACAGUACUGGUAUUAGCUUUUAAUAUAAUCAAUUUUAUAUUUAUUUACACUAUAGGUCUCAUCAUUUACCCUGAAAAGCGAGCACGGUCCUCUUCAUUUACAUUUCAUCCAUCCUGCUCGUCCUCUCAGACAGGUAAAAAAUAUUUUCAGAGAAACCGUAUGAUAAGAACAUAUUGGCCCUUGUUGACUGCAACAUAUCACUUCUUGUUAUGAUCACGACAAAAAAAAUGUGUAUUGCUUUAGCAUAAAUGUAUGCAUAAUCUAUACAGUUAUCAAAGACGGUAUCGGCACAAAGUUUAGAAUCAAUGAUCUGCAAGCUCACACAGCUUCUCCCCCCUCCUCGCACCACCCUCUCACAAAUGAUAUGUACAUAAAGAAGUAAAGUAAGAUCUGAAUAUAUCUAAAUAUUUUCAUUUUGCAACAAAGCACAAUAUUUCUUUUCUUUCUUACUUGCAAUUUAAAACAUACCGUGGCCAACACUGGAGGCCAGUUGAAUAACGAAAUACUUAUUUUUUAAUUUUUAUUUUUUAAAGCUCCUGUUUAUGAAAAUUGUUCACUUCUCGCAGAUCUCAAUACUUGUCUGGCUAAUAUUGAUGGAAAUUAGUUUCCCCUCAGACUUCCUCACCCCAAACUAAACCGAUAACCCAGCAGUAUUCAUCAGUGUCUUCUUUUACUACUUCUAGAUGGUGCCAAAGAAAAAAGGACUCGAUCGUCCUCGUUUACAUAUUUGUCUGCUUUCCCACCAUCGCCACCAGGUGAGAUGCCAUCAUGUGAUUUGUAAUACCAGCAUAAUUUCUGGAAUUUACCAGCAGGUUUGUGGAGAAGCUUCAGGCAGUCUAGUUAUUUUGGGCAUUAAAGGUAAUGUCAAACUGAAGAACUGACUCUUACCGGUUGUCUCAGACAUUCCAUACCUGGUAACAGUGCCUUUGGGAAGAGCCGACAUGCAUCCCUCUAUCUCUCAUAUACUUCGAACCCUUAAAGGGACACUCUAAACACCAAAACCACUUUAGCGGUUCUGGUGUAUAGUUCAGGCCAAUGCAGUCUCGCUGCUCAAUUUUCUGUCAUUUAGGAGUUAAAUCACUUUAGUUUUAGCUUAUGCAGUCCUAGCCACACUUACCCUCGUUAAGACACACAAUCUCCAUGGGGAAUUUUUUUUUUAAUCAGAUGUGACAACACAGUGUUUCCUUGUAGACUUUAUCUCCUGCUCUAUUAAUUGAACUUUAAUCAAACAACCAGGAGGCUCAUAUUAGCAGAGUAUGAGAUAUGGAAUUUUAAGUUUAAACACACUGUAAUAAAGGAAGCUUUAAAAAUGUGAUCUCUAGUUACAAGAAGUGUAUAGGGAGACUGUGUAAGUCACAAGCAGGGGAGAUGUGGCUAGGGCUGUAUAAACAGAAACCAAAUUGAAUUCCCUCCUAAAUGGCAGAGCAUUGAGCAGUUGGACCGCAGAGACCUGAUCUGUACACCAAUAGCACUCUUAAAGUAAAGUUAUUUUGGUGCUCAUGGUGUCAAUUUAAGCAUGAUCAAUCAAAGAUAAUUGGCAGAUCUCUCCAUUUAUUUUUUACCUCAUGGCUUUCAGUAUUUGCCCACUGCUCUAGAAUGAAUCUAGAGCAGUGGGCAAAUAUUAAUAAGGUUAAAAAAUGAUUUGGUUAUUCAAAGAGAUGGUGAUUAUGUUGCUAAUGUUUACACACGUUUUUCACGGAACAUUGAAUAAUUAUCACAAACCUAACACUAAACUUCCCCCCUCUCAAAGUGGGGAAAGUGUUUUUUGUGGUUUUAUUCAGCCUUUAGAUUAUAGCUUUUGCUUGGUUCAAAUUAUAUCCACUGUGCUCUGCUCCAAUGUAUGGCAGACCAUUGUACACAGUUAUGAAUUCAUUAAAGGGACACUAUAGUCACAAGAACAACUACAGCUUAAUGUAGUUGUUCUGGUGAGUAUAAUCGCUGCCUUCAGGCAUUUUCAUGUAAACACUGCUUUUUCAGAGAAAACCGUGUUUGGCCCCGACCCUUGCCGAUUUUAGCCAAUCCAAUACAUUCCCCAUGGGAAAGCAUUGGACUGGCUAAAAAUCGCCAAUUUUGAUGAUGUCUCCAAGGGAGUGGGGCCAGUGCUGGCGGACCCGUGGAGAGCUGAAAUAAUGUAUUGCUUAUCUCCUUGUCACAGGUUUUGUUUUUUUGUGUUUUGUAAAAUAUGUACUUCAGUGUGUUUUAAUCCCAGGAUCUUGAUAAUGUUUAUCGAGAGAUAAAAGUCUGUCUGAUUUACUUUUUCUAUGUUAACAUCUGCUCACACAUACUUCGUACCACGCGAUUUAUUUUGCAUAAAAGUAAAUUGUGCUGUUUUAUUUCAGGAUUAAAGAACAAUGUGUUUAUGCCUUCAUCGCUGCUACAGGAACAUCCUACAAUUAACACCAGCAACCAUGGUAAGUUCAUUCGUAAUCUGUUAUGGUAGUCGUCAUAUUUCUACUGAUGGUAUCUUUUUAUGUGAAACAUUUAGGAAUGUAAUUUAUCAUAAAGAUAACAUAUAUUUCUUUGUGGGGAAAAUAAUAAUAAUAAAAAAAAUUAUAUAUAUAUAUUUAAUCCCCCCUCCCCCAAUUACUCUCCCACCUUCCGUUCUGUUGCAGCAGCUGUGAUUCUUGUUUUUAGGCUUUACAUUAACUGUAAUACUACCUCCCAUUCCAUAAUGCCUUCCUCCCACCCUCUGCCCAUUUUCCCCUGAUUGGUAGAAGCCCUUUCCAUCCUUAUGACGUUGAUAUGCUGCCUUCAUUGCCAGUCUAAGUUCAUCUUUUACUCAAAUUCUACAUUCCUCUUGCAUGGAGCAAAAUGUGCUCCCCAGAAGAAUAAUCACAGCAAUCACAGUGCAUUGUUACUCACAUGCUGUAGCUGCUGUGAAGGAGAGUGGGAAAUAGCCCAUAGGUGUGUGGUGAAAAUGAUAGAUGGUUAAUGUUAUGCACCUGCUCUACCGUUGGCAAGUAGCUUCAUGUUUUCUGUAGGUCAGCUUAGUGUGAGUUGCCUGAGGAUUCAGAACUCGUAGACAAGAUAUUCUUUACCUCCUAUAUAAAGAAAUACAGAUGUAUGCAUGGGCACUCAAAAAGCUGUUUUUUUUUUUUUUUGUUUUUUGUUUUUUGAGCAGUCUUUAUUGACUUAAAGCAACAUUUUGUUUCUCUCGCCAGCCCAGUCUGGUUCCAUCAUAGGUGACUGUGUUUGUGAUGUGCAUGUCCCCCUCCUGGAUUUGGAUAUAAUAGAUUUUGUACUCUUCCAUGGAGUACUUAAGUAAAUCUUUGUCACAUCUUUGCCCUCCCAAUAUUGUGAUCACCUAACCAUGUUGAUGAACAUACUUCACCAAGGGAAAUGCAAUUUUAGCAGGAUAUAAAUAACACAUUCUUUAAUUAUUAGGAAGUAAGUAAUUCAUCUUGUGCUACACCUGCUGUGUAUACCCUUGUAUCAUCCACCCUAUAAAAAAAAAAAACCUAAUAAUGUUAUAUCUGUCCCAGCAGUAAAAAUAAUUUUGAGGUUGAUGGAACCUGGACAAGAAACUAGUGCAUAGUGUAUAUAAUAUGUAGAAGUGUGUUUUUUGUUAUUUUUACAGGAUGUUCACAAGCCUGGAAUGUGAUUAAACCAGCAACCUUGCAGCCUCCACAAGUACCCCAAUGCAUUGAUGGAAAAAGGAUGGUAUCUACAGCGGACUGUUUGAAAUGUCAACCUAAAGACAAGGUACACAAAGUGCUAAAUAUGAUACUGAGAGCAGAGCAGUAAAACCUUUCUAUCUGUUGUCAAACACGAUCUACCUUCAUCCAUGCUCUGCCCCAGACAAUAAUUAACAGGAUAAAUUAACUCAAUCAUUUUAUUAUAACCAGUGUAUAUAUGGAAUCCUUUUGACUGGCAUUGACCCUGUGCAUUUAAUGUUUGCACAUCUAUUUACAUUUUUCUUUGCAGUGCUACAUUGGAAUAUAAGUAGUGUCAAUUUGGCUGUUCCAAAAGAAAACAUCUUGGUCCAUUGUGCAUUGUGAAUUCAUUAUUUAUUUGUCAAAGUGGUUUUGAUAAACUGUGCAGGGGAGGGUCAUCUGGAAUGUACAUGUGAAAUGAGUUGUAGGGUUCUCUGUAACCUCUACAUCUGUGAUACCUUAUUCAGAUGGGAUUGUACCUUUUUUCAUUUUUAGAAGAAUGAAAAUGAAAACUACAGCACCUCGAUGGAUGUUGGCAGCACAUCAAAACAUGGAAGUGGACCUACCUGUGUUUUGGACUUAAGCACAAAGUAAUAAAUGUAUUUUGUUUGGUUUUGUUUGUACACAUGUAUGAAUAGUGUUACAAAUUUCUUGUAGCCAACAAUCACCAUAGAAAUGAUUAUAAUUUUUCUUGCUCCACUUUAGAACUUUGCACCAGUAUUCCCAGGUUUAUACAUAUUGUUCUUGCCAGCUAUUAAAGAUCUAAAUUGGUUUAUGGCGAAUAAAUCCUAAUCAAUAUUGAUGCAAAAAGCAACUUUGGGAUAAUGGACAUUAUAUGUGAAUUUCGAACUUGAUAAAAGAAAGCUUGUAGUCCAGGGGAAAUGAGAGGAAACUAAGUAACAAUUUUGGUGUUUUGUUUGUAGAAGUCAUCCAUUUGACCAGAGUUCAAGGUUGGACAAAACCACUUCAGAAUUUGUUUUUGGUGAAAACAUGGAUAAGAGAGUCACGGUAAGAGGCAUUUCUAGAGGGAAAAUAAAUAAAAUAUAUAUUAUUUUUAUUUUUUUUACUGAAAAUUAUGGGGCACAGACAUGGAGUAGAACAACCAGCACAAAAGCUGUUUGCUCAGUGGUUUUGCUCCAAAUAUCAUAUCCUAGUGCUACAGCUUUAAUAUAUGUAGAUACAACUCCAGCACACAGAUCCUAUUCAGUGAGGACAAUUUGUUGAAUAAACAUCACCACCAAUUAUUAUCCCUGGAACGGAGAAGGAGCAUGUUGUAGAACCUAAUAACAGAAUAUGAGAGAGUAUCACCACACUUACCUAUUAUACAUUUUAAUUGGACCAUACCAUUCCUGAAAUUACAGCAUACUUGCCAGAAUUGGCAAUAAUCACUUUGAUGCAUGUGUAAGAUCGAUUUUGUUUCUCCAAUAACUGUGUAAGGUCUAACCCGCCACAUAAUAACCUUUUUGUUUAAUGUAUUGUGUGACGACAGGAGAGGGAGGCUGACCUUUGGUUUCCAAUUCUAAAAUGCUGGUUCCCCACUUUAUUUGCUGCUUUACUCCCCUGCCCUAUGAGGCAAACAGACAUUGUAACCCUGUAAAAGAAUCAUUUUUGUGUAGUUCUUUCAUAUACAGAAAAUCCAAAGUUUAAAACCACAUUUUCAUUUAUUUGAAAAGAUGAUUAGUAAUGAGUGGGAUAAUACACACCCAUAGGUGCCACUAAUGGCAUUUCGUGACUUAAAAGGUGUGUGUGUGUGUGCGCUUUAUAUAUUUUUUUUUUCUAUGCCUGUUCUUUGAUUCUUAAUGGGUUUAAUUCUACCAGAUAUAAAUUGUUCUGGUUCUUGGUUCAUACAGUAAGUGGAGCCAUGUUUGCAAAUUUCACAACUGUUACUGGACGUAGGGUAGAAAGCACCAUGGACAUUUCUUUACACCCUGGCUGUGAACGGUUUUAUUACACGUGUGCCAGCUACUAUUAAUCAUUAACUCUUCUAUCAGUGUAGAAGUGGUAUUAAGAAUGGCCAUAGCAUAAGCAGAUAAUUAGAAUGCUGUUUGCUCAUGAUCGAUUGUUUGAUAAACCUAUCCGUAAUCUAUUCUUUGUAUGACACGUAUGAGCACAUGCAGAGACUGCAUCACAGAAGAGUUAAAUUAAUUCCUCCGACUGAAGGUUUGCUAUUAAUUGUUUCUUUUCUUGUCUUGUAUUCUUAAUAAAUAAAGUACGUUUGCUUUGGGCACACCCCUGCUAUUCAAAUGGUUAAAGUUGAAGAUGAUUCUUUACUCCGAUAGCAGCUAAAUAUAUCAUUUUUUGUAAUGCUAGAAGACUGCUGUAAAAUAUUUCUUAUGAGGGGGAUAACGUGAUAUCUGUUCUAUUUCCAGAGACCGCAGAAACCUGCACAGUCUCCGAUGCCUGCAUACCAGUACAAAUGUGAAGGCACCUCCUCACGUUUGCAGACUCUCAGGAGUGUACCUUAUCAGAGUAAGACUUCUUUAUAUUCAGCUCCAAUAUUUUAAAUUGUAUCUGAAACAGUCUAUGUAAUCAAUGGGUUAAUUUUACCUUCUAAGCAAAUGCUUACACUACCAUCUAGUGGUGAAAUUAGGGAACGCAACCCCAGGAAUUAAAGGACUUGUGCAGCAAUGCGCUAUUUGUAUAUCUAUCUGUAAUAAUGGUGUUAUGCCAUGUUUAAUAAAUGUAGCAAACCUAUUCUAGUUUCAUCUGAACGGAAAAACUACAGUGUAGAGCAUUUGAGGAUUUAAAUCGAUAGUAAGGCACAGUCUAACAGCCAUUCAAACGAUUACAAUCUACAUAAGACAUGAUAAAAUAAAUAUUUGGAGAAAACCAUCAGCAGUAUGCAGAUUAAUAAUAAUAUAAAAAAUGGAAAAAUAACCAAGCUUUUUACAAUAAUUGUCUAAGUAUAGACAGAUCUCUAAGGCAGAUGUUACAGAUUUUGGGGACCCUCCCAAUAAUUUUGCUUAUAACCUAAUGGAUUAUUAACACAGUCCAUUCCCUGAUAAUAACAUCCAAUGAAGAACGGAAUAUCUGUGAAUUGUCAUCUAAAAUUUGUCUUUUUUUUUUUUUUAACUGGAGAUUCUGCAUUGAACACCAUACUUUCUACUAUGUGCGCACGUGUUCUGAACAAGGGGAUAUAUAUAUAAUAUAUAUUUUUUUUAUUUCCAUGUCUGCUUCUGAGCCCAAUGCAAUAACAAGGGCCUUGCAGGCUUGGUUAGUGUAAUUUGAGUGUACAUGUGUAAGGUUCUUGGUCCCCUAUUUAGCUUCCUGUCUGGAGUCUUCUGAUCCUAAUCCAUCUCUGGUAAUCAAAGCUGCUCUGCAGAAGCUAUCAUACUACACCAUUUCUACAAGUGCUCGAUAUAUUGGAAAUUAAUGUGACUUUUAAUUGGAUCUCUCCAUUGCUGUGUAAUUUAUCAUGUAUCCCACUGCCUUACAGAACCCUGUGCCAACACAAGCCUUGCUGAGUCUGCUGCAGUGUAUAGUUCCAUGCCCAGGCAGAAGUAUGAGUUGGAUCAAGUGGAAAUCCUAACUGGAGAGGAAUCUGAGCGCAAUGUUCUCCAGGUCUGUCACUCAACAUGUAUUAAAAUUAAUAAUUUCUGACCUGUCUUGCAGAGGUAACAGCUGUGAUAGGUGACUGCAGGGUUACAUCCUUGCCUUGCUGUCUGUUUAGUGUAGCAUUGACCUGGAUACAUCCUUAACCCCCCCUACAUUGAGUUAUGCUAUGUGCAUGUCAACCUGUAUUCACACAUCCUCUCACUGCACACAAGAACUCCAACCAAUUCAGACUUUGACACUGCAGGAAAAUAAAACUGAUGCGUUCAUGCACUGACCCUCCACACACACAUACAGCUUUACACACAUUCCUUCACGAAACACUCAUAAAACACAAAUACACUUUCAAUUGUUGGGGUUUUUGUUGUUGUUUUUUUUUCAAUAAACAAAUAAUGCACCUUUGUAUUCACACGGACAUCUUUCUCUGUGUAGACUGUUGACCUCUGUUGAAUUACCUUCAAAAAUGGCAGAAUGGGUGCGUGCGUAACUGUGUGUAUGUAUGUGUUCAAAAGCUGUAAGCCCUCUGUACAAGAAACACUAGACAAGCAAUCGGACGGUCCACAUAUCCACUAGGAUAUGAUAUGAUCCCGAUUACAGCUAUAUUUAGUCCUAAAACUUGCUUGUAGCAGAACUACUGCCCAUGUGAGAUACUUUAAUGGAUCACAUGGUCUGAUAUAUUAAGAUAUAUAUAAUUGUUGAUCUGAAUUGGCAUGCUUGUGAUUGCUCUGGACUCUAGUGGUCAAGCUCCUUCCACCUUUGAGGUGAGGAGGACAAAGACAAGUGUGUCUUGCCUACAGUCAAGCAUGCUGGUGGGAAUGUCAUGGUUUGGGCCUGCAUGAGUGCUGCUGGCACUGGGGAGCUACAGUUCAUUGAGGGAACCAUGAAUGUCAACAUGUUCUGUGACAUACUGAAGCAGAGCAUAAUCCCCUCCCUUCGGAGACUGGGCAGCAGCAUUUCAACAUAACGACCCCAAACACACCUCCAAGACGACCUGGAAUUGUCCAUAUUCUGAAUGAAACCCAAUUAAAAGCCAGCACACCUCUCCUUGCUACAUAACUAUGAAUAUUCAGCACAAGUGUUUGACACUAGUUUGUAGAUCUCCUAGCAAUUUUCAAUGGCAGUUUCCUUGAAUUUAAUUUGCUCCGAACCUUUAUUAUACACUCGGACACACCAAAUAGAGGCACUGCUAGAAAAGAUUGUUUGUGUUUUGGUAUGGUUUAAACUUGAACGAGAUGGCCUUAAUAAAUGUAAAAUCCUUUUUUUUUUUGCAGGUAAACUGCAAGCUUUUCGUUUUGAACUCCACCAAUCAGACGUGGAAUGAAAGGGGCCGAGGCUACCUACGACUUAAUGAUAUGGCAAGCCAUGACAGUGGGAUGUUCCGAUCACGAAUAGGUAGAACACCUCAUGAUAAAACAGACACAUGGCCAAUCCUAAAAAAUGCACCAAUGCAUUUUGUUUUUGGGGACUCCCCUGACAUUUUUUAUUUUAUUUUUUUUAAAAAUGUUUUAAAAUUUUUGCCUUUUUUUUUUUUAAACUAGAAUCAAAACUUGUCAGUCUGCAACGUCCUACCUGUUCUGGGGUAGAGGUAGAGAGCCUUGUCUCUGGUGGUCUAGCAGAAAAUGAGUAGAGAUCCGUGCUGUCUCUAGCACAGAUUAUCAGUUUAGUGCUCCUUAUUCCUUCUACAUGUCAGUAAUUGAUGGCAAAGCUGGAUAAUUGUUAACCAGCAAGGAGGAUCACCACCAGAAGGUGCACCAGAACUCUAGAGACAUGGGGCAGAAAACAAAACAUUAUGAAAGAAUCAGAAGGUCAAGGUAGUAUGAUGGAAUAGAAGUUCCACCAGUACCAGGUUUCUCUUACCCAGGUCUACUUCAUACACCAGUGCACUACCCUGCAUUGCCAUUCAAAUAGCUAUAGUAUAGAUCUGAAAGCAUUUUAUUAACUUUGUUUUCAUCCAUAUGUUGAGGUAGUGUCAGUCAGAUGGUUUCAAAUAUCAAACCGCACAUGAUAUGAAGUCUACGCUCUUCAUAUCAAUAUCAGAUGAUCUUCAUAUUUGCUAGGACCUUGGAUACUACAAUUUUAUAGGGCUUUUAAUUGAAAAAUACCAUUGGCAUUUAUCUUUUCCAAAAAGUAAAGACCAAAUAAAUGUAGGAGGGUGGAAUAGGGGGAAAGGUAGGAUACCUUAGUGUAGAAACCCAUGUGAUGAUGUGAAAUUAGUUUCACAAACUUGUUGGAGCACUAACAUUAAAAUGUUGUGCCAUCAUAAAAUAUUCAUCCUUCAAAACAGAAGGCACACCACUGUUAUAGAUGCACAGUCCUAAACAUUAACCACAAGCACACACAUUGAUAGGGCACAUGGAAAGGCUCCCCGUUCCUCCUCUUUCUGGCUAUUUUAAAUGCUGUAUUGACUUUUUCCUCUCAGUGACAAGCUGUACCAGAUAUCGACUCAUGAUGUUGGGAAGUUUGGGCCUGUGGCAUCAGAAACUCCUGCCAGGUAGCAGGGAAAGGUGGCGGCCCAAGGGAGAGGUAAAAGGCAUUUUUGUUUUUGCUUAUAUGGCAAAAUUAAACAAUUGCAGAGGUGAGAAAACAGCGCCUUGAGGCAGGAACUGAAUAGCACUGUGAGGUUAAAGUAGAGUUUCUAAAGGAGUACAUACAUAAAUCUAAUGUUAAUUGGGUGACUACAUCUCUGGGUUUUUUAAAUUUAGAUCUUGUUUUAUUUCCUGUAUUUGGCCUGCAGUCUUACUACUGCCUCAACAGGACAGACUGUAUUUAUAGCAAUGCACCCCAAGAAAGAUAAAUUCAUUUAAAAUACAAUAUUUUGUAAAAACAAACAAAUCAUAGUGGAAAUUUUCUGUUUCGGUUAAACUUUUCUUGAUAAUGAACCUGUAUCUAACAAACACGAUAAAAGUUCAGUGUAUGUAGAGUAUUCAUCUAAUAAACCCCUAGGAUUCUAGUCCAGAUAAACGUUCACAAGAUGUAUUCUGGCAAUUGAGAGUCAGCAGAUGGUAGGUAGGUAGUCAUGUUUAUAGUCACCCAUGAUUUGAAACCCAUGCUCUAAAGGAGAUGUAAUAUGGAGGUCUAUCAAAGUUUGACUUUGGAUCACUCUGUAAAAUAUAUACAUGUACUGCACACAGUUAACUUAAAUAUACCAAUAAUAGUAGUAUGGCACACACACACCUUUUUAGGUUAGUUUGCUUGUUUUAGAAUUCUUGGACUGUGCACAUAAUAAUCUGUAUUGUAUCAGACAAAAUCAUUUAAAUACAAGAUUAAUUCUUCCUAUUUUAUGGUUAGGCAGCUACAGUUUUUAAAAAGGUGAAAAUCUCCAUUAAUUAUGGUGAUUACUAUUUAAAUAAAGUUAAUGAUAAAGUCCCAGCUUUCUACAGACCACCACAAUAUUUUUUUUUUUUCUCGCUCUCUUAAGUGUUGGGUCUCCUAUAUAAACCCAGCACUAGGUUUUUACACCCUCUCUCUACCCUUACUCCAUGCAUGGUAGCCCGUUGUGGCCUCACUUCUUUCCUAUACCAUGGCCAACCAAGUGGGAGAGUGCUGAUAUCCCCUAGCUUCAUUUUCUCAUCCUUAAGGCCUUGAGAUGAAGUGCAUAUUUACAAUAUGAACAUAUGGACAGACUUUGUUGCCUAAUGAAAAACAAGUGAACGAAUGGAUUUUAUUUUUUUCAUCUGAUACCAAAUUUUUAAACCAUGAAUUUACAUGGUCAAAUCAUGAGAUAAGAAAUUGCAUAUAUGUAUUUGAGUUUUUGUUACUAUAUUUAUUUUUUAUAUGCACGGCCAAUCUGUCUAGGACAGUAUUGUUUUUUGUUUUUUCUUGGGCAAAUCAUUAGUGGGUGGGAUUGGGUAGCAGAAGGACUUGGCUAUUUCAUUUAAAUUGCUUUCGUGUUUGUUCUUGUGCAAGAAAACUCUAAGGCUUCUCAGUAAGCAUGUUGUAGUUCUCAUCAUCCUUGAAUUUCAGGAGUCCUUGUCCUUCUGCUAAUUUGACAAAUUUGUUGUGGAGAGUUACAACCUCAGCCAAAGAAUGAGAUAUAUAAAAAAAAAAAGGCUGUAUCUCUCUCAAAUAUAAUUCCACUGGGUCUUUGGGGGUUAUCAUUUCCUUUUUAAAGCCAUCAAAUAUCUACCAUAAAUUGUUGAGAUGUGCCAUGGGGAAAGAUUUUUAUUUUUAUUUUUUAAAUGCGAAGUCUAAUUUGAACAGUUGUAACUUUGGUCCAAACCUAAUCAGUUUUUGAUUUUGGUUUUUGUCUAUCAAUAUUUAAUUUUAGUGAUGAGAAACUAUGGCAGCCUGAAACUGAUCUUCAACAGCAAAAUCUUUGAUCAGAUGAAAUUAGAGAGAGCCAAUCGAAGGAGCCUGCGUAUCACUGCCACAGAUCUGACGGACAACAAUCUCAAAGUGUUUCUGAUCCAGGUGAGGGGAAGCUUAAAAACUCUGAAAUCAUGCCUCAAUGCACCAUAUGUGCUUUCCUAGCUAUAGAAAUCCUAAAUGUAUUCAUAGUUCGUAAACUUCUUUAUUAAAUUCCCACUCCUGGCAGAUUUUCUUCUAUGGACCUCAAGCAAAUUCAGCCAGUAAAAUGUCCUAUUAAGUUCCAAAUUUCUUGAGCUUCUCGGGAAUUCUUUAAAACCAGACCAUCUAUGUCCACCAUCCAAAGCCUUAUACCAAUGGGCCCUUAUAUCAAUGGGAAUCACUUGGCACAAAUCUACAAUAAAAAAAAUAAUGCAGUCUGCGGAAUAAAAAUAUACACGGGAACAGUUUAGAAAUUUAAAAUCAAAGGGAUAUGGACUUGACGUUUUUUUUGUUUUUUUUUCUUCUCUCACUGUGUGCCUCAAUGGUAGCUUCUGCUGAGUGCCAGUCUAUAGCCUCCUGUUAUCCCUCAACUCAGUGUGCUGGGACUGAGUCAUCGACAGAGUGGGGCCAGCAGAUGCAAUUCUGCCAUAAGCUUCCAGGUUAUAAGGGGUUUAACCGGUCUUCUACUCCUUCUACAAAAAAUAGAGAAAUAUAUAUUUAACCCCUCCCCCCAUUACCUUUAAUUUGUGGUAUACACCGAAUUGAAAUCUCCCAGAACUUUUUAAUGUUUUUUUCAAAUUAAAUAAAUUGAUUUGUUGUUGUGCAUUUAGCUUAUACUGGCUAUUAAGUGCAAUAGCUGGCCCAGCGCCUACUGCAGCUACAGUGAAGUUAAAGGGAAAAACAAUUGACUGGGUAACAAAAAAAGAUAGCAAGUGCUUUUUAUGGGUCCCAUUAUGUCUAGAACAUCUUCAUAGUGGUGUGUUAAUUAUGAAAUAAAAUUGUCCUCUUUCAGGCCAGUGUGAAGGAUGCUGGACGUCUUUAUGCUGCAAUCCAUCAUCGGCUUGUAGCGUUACGGACCAGUAGAGACCAGGAGCAGAAGGUGCCGUCCUUACACACUGAAGAUGACUUGGAUUCACUUCCCUUAAACGGUGAGAGUAGCGAGGAUGAAGAGGAAGAUGAAAUGACAAGGUUACACAUCACUGGUAGGUCACAUAACUUCAUUUAGGUAGGCUUUGCUUUAAACUGCAGAUAAAGUAAGAAGCAGUAGAAAAUGAUUCUCAGAGAAGACCCCUUCUGAUAAGCUGAUAAAUGACACUGAAUUACAUAGAAAACCUUUCAAAUGUGUCACCUGCAUGUCCAUAGCCUGUAAAUUUCCAUAAAAAUACACUUCUGAAGACUUCUCUUCUGCAGCAAAUGCACAGGUUGCUGGUGACGUCUGCUUUAAUCACAAACUGGCAGAGUUAUCUCAACCAGUAUCUGAUCUUCCGUGAUCCAUGUAUGCAUAGGGAUGAAUGAGAAAUACAGAAAUACGGUGCAUAGGGAUGAAUGAGCCACAUUGGCUCACAUAAUGAAUGUCUCCAAUUUUUAACUACUGGGAAAUUACCCAAUGCGGUCUCUACAGUCUCUGAGACAAAGUAAUGUAAAAGAGUUUUUUGUGAAGGAAUAAACUUAGGAAGAUAAAUACUUUAAUUUUUUUGCCUAUGUAUUAAAAUGCAUAAGAAACUUAUACGUGCGAGAUUUAUAUUUUACAUGUUAAAAAUGGUAGUCCUGGGGAUCUUUUUAAUUAUGCUGAUUCUAAUUCAGGUUUAAUUUGUUCUUCAGAUCACCACCAGUGGAUACGCAGACAGCCUGUCCUGUAUUCCUGACGGUGCGCCCCAGCUUGAAGACAUUCUUGUGAUUUUAAUAUUCUAUGCAAUGGCACUUCAGAACCGUAGUGCUGGACUUAGUGGGUUGUGGGGAUCUCAUUUAACAAACCAUCCAUAAUGACAUACUGGACAUUAAGAAGAUGUAGGAAUUUAUAAAUAAUCUCUGAAUAUAUACAUGAAAAAGAAAAACCAACUAUUGCAUACUUGUACAUAGAAUCUGAUCUAUAGGAGUUCUACAUCUGCAGGAAUUAAUCGAAGAGGACAUGGGACAUUUUGAUUUCCACCACUGCGAUGUGUGUAGAAACUGUUAUAGACACAAUAGACUGACUCAUUGCAAUAGAAUAAGAAGUAUGUGAGGAGUUAUUAGGAUAUCUCUGUUUAUACCUCAGAAAUAAUGACUUUGAGCGCACUUUAAUUGAUGGAUCCUGCGCAUUCCUUUUAAAAAUAGUUUGCAAGAAGAUCCAGAAUGGUCUACGCUGUAACUUGUGUCAAGUUCUGCACUACCCUGUAAAACUGGCACUAAUACGCUCCCAUGCCUACCGAUCUGGAGUUAUAGUAUGUGUUUUGUAUCCGUCCAGAAAGGUAUAUUAUAUGAAUAAGCAAUGAUCAUUCAUCAUAUUGAUGGCUAGAAUCUGUUUUGACUUUUGUAAUGAGUUGUGAUAAUUUAUUUUUUAAUAUUCAGCCAUAACCAGAUAUUUGAUAAGUUGAUGACUGUUGUUCACAGUGGCCCAUCUUAUGAUUAUGUAAGACUUUAAAAGUUGAGGAGUUUAUUUUAUCUCCUGCCGCGUUUAUAAAGGUGCUGUUUCAUCUAGAUAGAAAAGUCUUUUAAGUGAAGCGUAUAAAAUUUUAAAGGGAAACAAUCACUUCUGUGAGAAUAACACUGUUGCAUAAAACAUUGGACAUAACCUGUAAUUUGUGUUAAUAUUUUCCACGUGAAGCUUCCUUUUAAUUUAACUGUAUAUAAAGAUUUAUCAUUUGACAUCACAAUCCAAUUCAGUUCUGGCACAGGCAGGGCACACAUAACAUUGAAAGAGGAGGAAAAAACUAAAACAUUGCGUCAUCACUUCUCUCUGUGCUGACUUAGAGGUGCUAAGGCUGUGAUACGGCAGCACUUAGAACAAUGAUUGACAGGGAGCCAUGAUGCAGCAAUUUAUUUCCCGAAUAGAGAAAAAUACAAUGGUAUGAAUGUUUAAACCGAAUUUUAUUUUUAUGUACACUUUCUGGCCAUUCACAAACCCUAUGGAUUGUAUUCAAUAGACUAGUUGAAACAGCACUUAUUGUAUAUGGCGGUUGGGCUAGUGUGUGCUACAUUUUAAACUAUUUGUUUACCUAAUCUGAUAUGUAUUUUUGAAAUUGUUCUACCUAUAUAUUCAUGUAUACAGAUUUAGAUUUCUAUUUUAUUAAAGGUUAUUAUAUGGUAGUGUAAUAAAUAAACUGACCGUCUAUUUAAUGGAAUAUGUUUGGCAUGCUUGGGACAGAACAAUCCUUCUGUUUACACGUUUAAUAUAAUUUCAUAUUGUUUGCUUUCUGUCAUUAAAAAUAGCCAUUUCCAGAACGUGUGUGCACUCAGCAUCUUUUAAAUAAAUAAAUAAAAGCCAUGUACUAGCUUAAUUGGUGGCAAGUACGAAACUGGAAA